CUCUGAAGCUCCGCCCCCUGGAGAACCACCCUCUGUUUGUCUGAUCCGGUAGCGGAACAUCGACGCUGAAGACGCGGAUCGGUGUCGGUUUUCGGUCGGUUCGGGAUCACCAUGCAGACCGGGCAGCUGGAGAAAAGCGGCUCGCUGAGGAAACGCACUCUGUCCCGGGGAAUGAGCGAGGAUGAGUCCCUCCGACACAUCAUCAGAGAGGCAGAAGAGUCGAGCAGACACCUGUCCCGCAGUGACAGCAGAUACGGCUCUCUAAAACGAGGACAGACCCGCGAGAGCCUGAGUGAAGACGAUGUGCUUUCUGAAAACAUAGAGCUGGAGGAGCUGCGGGCUCUGGCGCUGCAGCAGGAGGCUCUGCUCUUCCAGGUCGACUGUCUUCAAGAUGCUCUGGAGGGAACAGAGGAGAUGCUGGCGGAGGCGCAGAGAGAGACACAGCGCAGCAACACGGAGCUGGAGCGUGAGAGAGCUGUGCGGCGGAGGCUGGAGCUGGAGCUGAUCUCAUUACAGCAGGAGCUGGAGAGACUGCGAGAGGAGCGAAGCGCUGAGCAGCUUCAGAAACCCUCGACCCCUGUGUGGCUCCAGGCGGCUCCGCAGGGCUCAUCAGUGGACCGGGACGAGCCUCUGAACAGCAGCCGCUCGGUGGUGGACGGAGAUCCUGAUAAUGAGGAGAGCAGCGGGUACGAGGACGCACCGUCAGAGUUCACCGCCACUCCAGACAGAGACCCUCUGGACACCGAAGAAGACCCGGAGAAUACCCCGAGCAGCGGCCCCAAUCCCGGAGACUCCUGCGCUCUCUGCUGAGUCACACACAGCCCAGCCGCUGUCUGGAACUACUGUCAGCUCACAACACGCUACACUGUUCACACACACCGCUGCUCACGCGGCUCAGAGGAUCUGCUCGUACUGACCGAUUUAAUUCAUCUCUAUAGUAUGAAGUCUGUAAUGACCAACAUCUGCCCCUGAACCCUGCCCACACCAGAGACAUGACACCCCCCCCAUCAGAUCAUGCUAUCAGCACCGUAUUUGAAUGGUUCUGGGAUUGGGGUUAGGGAUUAGGUAGGUUAGGCCAAUAUUACAGCUUCACAUCACACUACUCCACAUCAACAUUUACACUGGCAGCAUAUUCAAUCAUCAAAAUGUGCUGCCUACUUUAUAAAUCUGACAAGGCAGGAGAAAUCCUGCAAACGCUAUAUCCCUACAGCACGCUCACUGGACUGAACCACUCCUCUCUCUAAUGCAUACAGUAGAUGCAGACGCCUGAUGUACAGCGGGAACACAGCUUCUGUUCAUGAGUGAUGAGUUCAUCAGCUUUACUGAGAGACUCUGGAGAAAUCCGCACAUCUCUGCUCAUUAUUCCAUCUGCUUUAUUACUACUAGUGUGUGUUACAGGGAUGUUCAGCGUGUUAUUAAACACGAGCUGUUACUCAUGAUCACGACUUAAACCUUGAGUCUGUGUCUCUGAGGGACCAACACAUCAUCUAUUGUCUUGAGAACAGUAGAGGAGAGGAGAGGAGAGGAGAGGAGAGGAGAGGAGAGGGUUUCUCUGCUGUGCCAGUAGAAUAUCUCAUCUAGCGUCUCAUUCUAAAACAUCCUUCACACGCAGCCUCACUGAAUCUGUGUAGUAAGUGCUUAUGAAUGAACAUUUGACACUGGAACAUGUGAAGCAUCUGAUUUCCCCACACUUCUGCACAGUUUAUACUCAUGCUGGAUGACUACGAUUAUGUAGGAGAUGUUUUAUAUUGCUGUUUUUACAUACAGAAGCUCUGUUGGCUCUAAUAAUCUCACACUUUAGAUUUUGUAGAAGCGAUCAAUCAAUCAAUCAAUCAAUCAAUCAAUCAAUCAAUCAAUCAAUCAAUCAAUCAAUCAAUCAAUCAAUCAAUCAAUCAAUCAAUCAAUCAAUCAGUCAGUCUGUCUGUCUGUCUAUCUAUCAGUCAGUCAGUGAGCUUCUAUAAGUCAGAUCCUGAGUGUGAAGUCUUUAAACACUGAUUUCUGAUUUGUCAUGACCGUAAUCAGCUGUCAGACCCGCCGGCAGUUCUCAAUCUUGCAAUUGCUGAAUUUAUUGUAAAAUCUCACACUUUUUGUCUAUUUCUACAGAUUUCCUGCAUAUUUUGGGUGGUCAGCAGGACGCUGUUCACAUUUCUCUCUCUCUACAACACGCCAUCAGCACAGUGUUACGUACAAAAACACAAGCACAUAAGAUAUUUGGAAUAUUAAUCUGAAAAAAGCCAUAAAAUUGGCUGCAAAUUUCCUAAAAUCUGCCCACAUCAUCUGCCGUUUUCAGAGUAGGAUUGAGAGAUUUUGCUGGAGGGUCUGACUGCUGCUGUUCAUGAGGAGUGAUGGAGCGUCUUCAGCUCUCAGGUCAACACUUGAGCGUUUGUUUACUUCUGCUUUUGUAUUGUGUGAUUGUGGAAGGGGAUUAGAUCUGUUAGUUCUCGCGGGGGAUGAUGGGAAGCUUCUGUUCUGUGUUCAGUGAACGUGUUUUAAUGCGUAUGAAAUGAUUAUUGGUUUUAUUAAUGGAUGUCAGCAGAUUGUGAGGUCAGAGCUCAUGCUCAACGUGUGAUUUGUAUGAUCAUCUUCUGUUCAUAUCCAGGAAUGUCUGAUCUAAUAAAUGAUUGCUUUACA